AUGACGCAAAGCGCGGCGAAGUCCCAAAGAGGCAACGCUGCGCAGGGCGGCGUCGGCGUCGCGAAAGUGACGAAGCUGUGUUGCCAGGUCCUGUUGGACCCAACGGAGCAUCGCAUCGUGCGCACGGAAGCUGCGCGAGUGCUUCAGGAGGUGGAUGCAGCCGAUCACUGCACGGCGGAAGCGCUUUGUUGGGCCGUGCAGAAGGAGACCGAUCGUUUCGUCCGUCGUUCCCUGGUCGACGCUGCAGCACAUUUCGCGGCGCAUCGCUCUGCCGUGGAAGCUCUGCUGGCCUUGUCCCAGGACAGCGACCGCUUCGUGCGGGAUGCGGCUGUGGCGGCACUGGCAGAUCGAGGAGAGGGCGAGGCGACGCUGAUAGAAGAUGGCCACAAGAAAAAACAUAUGAUGGUGAGACAUGUUGAACGCCCUGCAUGGGCACCUGGAUCGUUGGAGAGACGCAGCACAGCUGCUGGAGGAAGUCUUCGCGACGAUGGAAGGGGGAGGCCCACUCUUCACGUGCUUCUGCGAACACUGGCGAGCGAGCGCUACGGAGCUUUGCGAGAGCCAGUGCUUUGGAUGCUGGUGGGACACUGGCUGCGGGCCGUGAAGUGUUGGGACUGGGACGGCCUCAUCGACCGCAGCUUCGGUGAAGUCGUCCAGGCGCAGAGUUUGUAA